GCAUGAGAAACAGAGAAAGGUUGCAAAAUCAAAGGCAACGGUCGCAUUAAGACCACCUCCCAGUUCUUACCUACCAAUGCCAAGUACCAACCAAAAUAGAAUACUAUUUUGGUGGCCAAAUUUGACCCGCUUAUAAAUAAGGACAAACGGAGAGAUCAUCACCAAUUGUUAUUGUUUCCUUCUAACUAGUCCCUCUCUUCCUGACUGAUCUGUGCACUAUCUUUGAUUUUCCUGGGUUUUCCUUAGUUUCUCCAGAAUCCAUUUCCAAGGGUAACUAUGGCUGCACCUCCCAAGCCAACAAGAAUAGGCCUUGCUGGUCUGGCUGUCAUGGGCCAGAAUCUGGCCCUUAAUAUCGCAGAGAAAGGUUUCCCCAUUUCUGUUUAUAAUCGGUCUACCUCCAAAGUUGAUGAGACUGUUGUGAGGGCUAAAAAAGAGGGAGAUCUUCCCUUAUAUGGCUUCCAUGAUCCUGAAUCUUUUGUGAAGUCAAUCCAAAAGCCUCGAGUGAUAAUUAUGCUUGUUAAGGCAGGGUCACCUGUUGAUCAAACCAUAAAGACUCUUUCUGCCUACUUGGAGAAGGGUGAUUGUAUCAUUGAUGGUGGAAAUGAGUGGUAUGAGAACACUGAGAGGAGAGAAAAGGCAAUGGCUGAACUGGGCUUGCUCUACCUUGGAAUGGGAGUUUCAGGUGGUGAAGAGGGUGCACGUAAUGGGCCUUCUAUGAUGCCUGGAGGUUCCUUUGAGGCUUUCAAGUACAUUGAAGACAUUCUCCUUAAAGUAGCAGCUCAAGUUCCUGAUAGUGGCCCCUGUGUGACAUACAUUGGCAAAGGUGGUUCUGGUAAUUUUGUCAAGAUGGUUCAUAAUGGAAUUGAAUAUGGUGAUAUGCAGUUGAUUGCUGAAGCAUAUGAUGUACUAAAAUCAGUUGGAAAGUUGUCGAAUGAUGAACUCCGUAGUGUUUUUUCAGAAUGGAACAAGGGUGAGCUUCUGAGCUUCUUGGUUGAAAUCACUGCAGAUAUAUUUGGAAUUAAAGAUGAUAAGGGAGAAGGAUAUUUGGUUGACAAGGUUUUGGACAAAACUGGCAUGAAGGGUACAGGUAAGUGGACCGUGCAGCAAGCUGCUGAUCUAUCAGUUGCAGCUCCUACAAUUGCCUCUUCUUUGGAUGCAAGGUUCCUAAGUGGUUUAAAGGAGGAACGAGUUGAAGCUGCUAAAGUCUUCAAAGCAGGUGGCUUUGGGGAUAUUUUGACUGAUCAAGUGGUGGAUAAGAAGCAGUUGAUCGAUGAUGUCAGGCAAGCUCUUUAUGCAUCCAAGAUUUGUAGUUAUGCACAGGGGAUGAAUUUGAUCCGUGCAAAGAGUAUUGAGAAGGGAUGGGACUUAGAAUUGGGAGAACUGGCUAGGAUUUGGAAGGGUGGUUGUAUUAUUCGAGCAGUAUUUCUGGACAGAAUCAAGAAGGCAUAUGAUAGGAAUCCUGAUCUUGCCAACCUUCUAGUGGAUCCAGAGUUUGCAAAGGAAAUCAUUGACCGCCAGUCUGCCUGGCGCAGGGUUGUAUGUCUUGCAAUCAACUCAGGUAUUAGCACUCCUGGUAUGUCAUCCAGUCUGGCUUAUUAUGACACUUACCGGAGGGAAAGGUUGCCAGCUAAUUUGGUCCAAGCUCAACGAGAUUAUUUUGGUGCUCAUACAUAUGAAAGGGUUGAUGUGGAAGGAUCUUUCCAUACUGAAUGGUUCAAGAUUGCAAGGCAGUUGAAGAAUUAAACCUUUUCCUGGUGCUAUCAAGCUUAAUUAAGACUUUCAAUAAGACAAUAACUUCUGCUCUGGACUCUAUUCUGGGUAGAACUUACAUCACCCCUUUUUCAUGAAAUUUAUCUCAAUCAGUUUCAUCAAAUCCAAUUGAGUAUUUAGACUGUCUUACUUUUAUAUGUUGUGGUUUUUCUUGGCAGUUCUGCUUUUGUAUUUUAUUUUCACCGGAUUCCUCAUCCAAGCUUGUAGCCCCAUUUCAUUUUAAAGAGAUAUUUAAUGGUGCUUUUGAGUAUUAGAGUAUGAAAUAAGAUGUCUGAACAAUAAAUUCUCUCUUUUGGUGUUA